CGCGUGCGGCAUCGUAGCAUUUUGGGGGAUGUCAAUUGCGAUCUUCUGUUAUGGAUCACAAUAGCAUACCAGCGUGUGCGUUAUACAGGAAUACCGGCACUAUUAUAGUAAGACUGAAGAAGAUGGAAGUGACCACCAGUUGUUGCAAGCGUGAGGAGUGUCCGGCGUCCGGGUGUCCGGAGCUGGUGCAUAGGCCGUCCGGAUGUGAACAAUGUACUAGGACUAGAUUAAUUAGCCAAUAUAGUGACUGUGAUAGUGAUGUUGUGGAAAAAUGUCGUCCAUAUAGAUCGAGUGCAGCCAGAAGUAGAUACGUCAACGUCUGCGCGGCGGUGUGCCUGCUAUUGUUGGUGUGCGGUCUGUCACCGCGGUCGUCGGCGGCGCCCCAUCGGAGCCGGGCCAGCAUGGAGCGGCAGCGACGUGACACGGAAGAGAACAGACUCUGGGCUAACCCCUGCGAUUACAAUGAUUCUCAGUCAAAACCAUCGUACCCGGCAGAUCAUGCAAAGGAGGUCGCGUUGAAACUCGUCGCGCAAGCAAAAAACGCUUACUCAUCAACUGCGAAGUACAAGGAUACAUUUGCAAUGAAACUACAUAGUUAUAACAGUUUCGACGAACUACUGGGUUCGUGGAAAUCAUCCGAAUUUCUUCCUAAGGAAUGGCUGCCAAAGGAAAAAGUCCUCUACCAGACGAUGCCGGAUGAAUAUGUUACUCAGUUGAUGCCAAAAAUCGACGAGGUUCUGCCGGGGAUGUACAAAGGGCUGAAAAUGAUAGUUGCGGGCUUGUACGUGUUCUCUAACGAAGAGUUGAACCCCAACAUAAUAGCUGAUGAAAGCCUAAAGGAAAACAUCACCCAAACGAUGCAUGAUGUGCGAGCUGUGCUAUGCUAUUUUAAUGACAUCAUGAACAUUCGCGACCUGCCAAUCGAGAAGCUUGCGGUAAAUGAAAUCCCAGAGAUGGCGAACAACAUGGGCGUUCUUCUUUACAGGGACACCCUUAACUAUUUGGAGUACCUAGCACAGGUCUUCCAGAAACUCUAUGAGACGGAAUCUGCUUGAAUACAGCGGUUUAUAUGAUCGAGAGUCGAUGAAGGACUCGAGAAGAAACUGCACACCCCAUGUAACUUUUGGCUGUCUACUUAAUCUUGGUGGAAACACCACGGCGAAGCAGUACUCUUCAGUAUUACUUAGCCCCAAAAACUCUUUCUAGUAGAAUUAUUUGCAUCCUUUGGCUGUUGAAUAGCGAAUUAAUGUAUAGAAAACUGUCUUUGCCAUUACAUUGCCAUUUUGGUCUAGAACGAAUUAGUUCCUUUUUUUUGUAAAUAGUGACGAAUUUAAAAUGUAUUAUUAUUUAUUGUCUGCUGAUUAACAUUCUAAAUUUCCCGAUUAUCCUAGUCAAGGUCUUAUUUAUUUCUCGCUUAACUCCACUUUAGUUUCAAUUUCUUUAUUAUUCGUAUUAUUUAAUUUAGAUUUUAGUAUUAGACUUCAUUCCAGCACUUGUACUAUGUUGAUGAAAUUGUUGAGUCGGAAUAUGAAUGCGUCAGACGGUGUAUUGAACAGUUUCUUUGCUGCUGUUUUCGAUAUAAUGAUCUAUGUUGUGACUUGGUAGCUCGAGGCUGAGACGAUAAUUUUAAUUGUACAUUAUAUUCCUACUUUCCUUAGUAUUACUUGACUCUUUGUUAACUAUUUAUAUGUUACAGAAAUCCAAUGAAAUAUGACUAGCUUUAAUACAGCUGUUAAUUAUAUUAUUGUAAAAAUACAGAGCCAGUGUAUUUAUAACUUAAUCAUUAUUUGUAUAGUUCAAAUAGUACCUAUUUAUAACUGCGGCACAAACAUAGCUUCUAUGUUUGUGGAAUUAAAUUAUUAUUACAUUUA